AUGGUAGUUGUUGAAGGUGUUCCAAUUAUUGGAUAUUUUAAUUCAUCAAUAGACCUUUCGAUUGCCAGUUUAUUGGCAAUUGCUUGUAGUCAAUAUGAUGUUUUAUCUGAUACAUUUCAGAAUAUUUAUCAAAUUCAAUCAAUAACAGAUCCAAAAUUGUUUGGCUUACUGCCGUUCCAAAUAGUAAUACUUUCCCAAAUAUAUCUAUAUUGUUGGUUUGGUAAUAAAGUUUUCUACAAGAGCACACAAUUAAUACAUUCAGUAUACAUGUUAGAAUGGGAUAAAUGUAGCAAAAAAAUUCGACAAACCCUUUGCAUAAUUAUGGAUCGAUCUAGACGUCCGAUAAAUAUAAACGCCGGAAAUUUAAUACCAGUUCGUUUAGAUACCUUUAUACAGAUUGUGAAAUCAGCAUAUUCAAUGUUUGCGAUAUUGCAAAAUAUGGAUAACGAAAUUGAAAAUUAA